GUGGGCCGAAUGGAUUCUUGGGCUGGCAGCUCAGUCACUCGGGCCUGGUGGGCUGGCAGCUCAGUCACUCAGGCCUGGUGGGUUGGCAGCUCAGGGCCAGUGGGCUGGCAGCUCACUCACUCUGGGCUGGUGGGCUGGCAGUUCAGUCACUUAGGGCUGGUGGGCUGGCAGUUGACUGACUCACAACUGUUGGGCUGGCAGUUGACUCACGGCUGGUGGGCUGGCAGUUGAUUGAGUCACGGCUGGUGGGCUGGCAGUUGAUUGACAUGGCUGGUGGGCUGGCAGUUCACACACAGCUAUUCCUUGAAAUUCCAUUUCAAGCAGAGUGCAGGCCACCAAAUUCAAAUGCAAUUUCUUACAAUUUCAAGCAGAGUGCAGGCCACCAAAUUCAAAUGCAAUUUCAUACCAUUUGAGCUUUAUACUCCUGCCCCCCUUCCCCGCGUCCGGAAAGGGCGUUACCUUUAUCCGGGCCGUGUGAGCUGGGUGCAGCGUGCGGAGGGAUGGCGGCGGAGGUGGAGGUGCUGGCGGGCGUGGAGCAGACGGCGGUGGAGGAGGUGCUGCCGCUGGCUCUGGCUGGCGUGGAGCAGCAGACGGCGGGUGAUGGCCUGCACAAUGUCCGUGUGCACAAGGAUCUGGAGCUGGAGUUCGAUCUAGGGAACGUGGCGGCGUUCGACAACGUCCUGAAUCCUGGCGAGUUCCGAAGGAACCUCGAGACAUUCCUGCGUUCGCUGGCCCGCGGCAACACCCAGCUGCUGGUCAACGCCAUGUGGGCGCUGCCUGUCGAGCGGCUGCCGGAGGCGGUCAUGGCCAAGCUGCCCGAGGGCAAUACACGCAUCCCCCGUGAGAAACCCGUGCCCAAGCGACGGCCGCCCACCUGCUGGGAACAGUUCGCCAGGCUCCAGGGCAUCCGGAAGAAGAAGAAGACCAACCUGGUCUGGGACAAAGAGCAGAACGAGUGGCGGCGGCGCUGGGGGUACAAGAGAGUCAACGAUCCAACCAAAGAGUGGGUCAUUGAGGUGCCCGAGUCGGCAGUUCCCAAUGAUCAAUUUGCAAAACGCGCCACGGCUAAAAAAGAAAGGGUGGCGAAGAACGAAUUGAACAGGCUGCGCAAUAUCGCCAGGGCUCAGAAGAUUAAAGUGCCAACUUUGGGAAUAACCCCGGCCAGCCAGCCUAGUAAGAGUGAGCUGAGCAAAGCCAUUCACGUGGCUAAGACCUCCACAGCUUCAGUUGGCAAGUUUCAGGCUAAGCUACCGAAGGAAAAGGAGUUGAGGAAUAAAGCCAAGAAGAGGAAAUUCCAACCCCUUAUUGGAGAUUUUUCUGCAGAGAAGCAGAACCAGCUAGAACUGCUAAAAAUCAUGGCAGGCAAGAAACCAAAACUAGACCUCACAAGAGCUGUAAAUAGGCAGCUUCGUGAAGAUGAACAGGAGCAGGCAGCAAAGCGAAAGAAAGUGGGCCCAAAAGGCAAAAAAGGACACAACAACAAAACCAAAAAGAUGGAAAGGGACAACGUCGAAAAAUAAAAAAGGAAGGGGGAAAUGAAUCAUGUGAAAUAGAACUCUUAAUGUUGUACUUUUUUGAUUUAGGGAUACUGAGUUGGAUGAUCAGCCAUGAUCAUAUUGAAUGGCAGUGCAGGCUCGAAGGGCCGAAUAGCCUACUCCUGCACCUAUUUUCUAUGUUCCUAUGUUUCUAUCAUGGUAAUUGACAGGCGAGAGGACCAAUCAGCUGAUCUCAAGAUUUUUAAAACAUUCAUAUUUUAUUUUUCAUCGAUCAGAAAAAUCCUCGGGGCUGCCUCAGCGGAGGAGGACUGUAAGAUGGCCAGAAAUCAUAGCGAUAUAUGGUAGCUUUUUUCCUAAAAUCAAUAUACAGCGCAGGCAGGAAGUAGUCAAGAUGAGACUUUUCGUUAUAUAGAUAAUGUUGUAUAAUCCCAGGUUCAUCAGUCGCAUUAUAUUAAAUUUAUGUGAUGGAAAUAUGCAUUACAACAGAACUCUGAAAAUACCUCACCAGUCAAACAAAAGAUCAAAGUUAUAUCAGGACAUUUAAAAUAUAUGUGAUGGAUAGCAUUAAUAUGGAAUAAUUUGGGUUUAGUAGUUUUUAUGACUCAUGCAAUUGGACAAAUAUCGCAAAGGUGAAUAAUGACUUUGUCUCACAGUAUCGUUUAUAGUAGACUUUGGUUGCUGAGGAUGUUACUGCACCCGUUCAUGUCAAUUGUGUUUUUUGAUUUUUUUGAUUUUGUGUCUUUGGAGGGAUUUCUAUCUUUAAUUUGUGUAUUGAUGAUGUCCUUAUUAUUUAUUUUUCUCCGACUAUAUGUUUUUUUCCUCUUCUGUUAAUUUUUGUAAGGUGUCCUUGAGACUUUGAAAGGUGCCCGAAAAUAAAAUUUAUUAUUAUUAUUAUUAAUGGCCACUGUUUUGUAUUGCUAUAAAGUAAGGUUCUCCAAAAUUUUGCUUUGGUUUUUCGGUUUGUCGGAAGACAUAACUGGAACCAUUCUCUGUUUGAAUUUACUAACGUAUGCAAUUGUCUUGCAAGCCCAUAUUUAUUGUUUUACAAUGUUUACAUCCAUUUAUACUUCUUUGCUGAUGAGCACAUUUCACAUUUAUCCCUGUAUCCAGGUCUAUGAUGUAGAUCAUGCUAAAUUUGGUAGUUCUAUGAUUACAUGCAUUUCCUGCAUUUCACUAAGGAAAGUCUUAAAACUAGGUCAUGAAACAAUGUUUCUCAUGAAUUUCAAUGUCCUGAUGAAGCACUCCAGCAUCAGUUUAUCAGAUCUGACACUUAAACUUUGAUCGUCCAAACACAUAUUUGGUUUGGUGAAUUAUUCAACAAAAAGGCUUUUUCUGCUUACAGAUACAAUGAGUUCCUCAUGAAGUAAAUUUAAAUGUUACUAUUGGCCAAGCCAUCUGUUGCAUUUGCCUUGUGUUAAUUUGGGCUUUUUUUUCCAAGUUUAGCUGGCAGAGCUUUAAUGCUUCCAACAAUGUCAUCAUAAUUUAUGCCCCAGCUGUCCCUAACAGUUCUUUUUCUACAACAAUAACUAAUGUUUAACGUGGCUGAAAUAUUUAAAAUCUUUUUUCUUAACUGAGGAGCAAUUCUUCUGAAUCACUAUGUUCCAAACCCGAGGCCCCUGUGCUUGACACUCAGAUCUCCAUCGGAUUCAAUGUUCAAGCAUUGACUUGUUGGUCUUGUUCUUUUCAAAUGAACAUGAAAAAAAAAGAAGUUGUUGGAAACCUGAACUAAAAACAAAAAUGCUGGAAAGACUCAGCACAUCAGGAAGUAUCUGUAAAAAAAAAAACCAGAGUUAAUGUCUCAGGUCCAAGAUCCUGCAUCAGAACUGGGAAGGAGAUUUCUAUUCAAAAUCCCUUCUGAUAAUUAUGGGCUACACUGACUUGAGUCAGCGCAUCUGCAGAGCAUGUGGAAGUUUCCAAGUUACAUAUUAUCAUAUUUGGAAAUGUGUCACUGCUGUUUCAUUGUUGCUGGGUCUAAAACCUGGAAUCCUCAACCCAACAACAUUGGAAGAAUCAUCAGUAAAAAAGGCUAUUCACUCCUCCCUUUCAAGGACAACUAGGAAUGAAAAUGAGUCUGAAGAAGGGUCCCGCCCCCAAAGGUCACCAAUCUAUGUUCUCCAGAGAUGCUGCCUGACCUGCUGAGUUACUCCAGCACUUUGUGUCUUUAGAUGUGGCCUUGUUGCAAUGCCCAUUUCUCAUGGGGGAAAAAAAGAAGAAAUAAUAUUCAUAAUGGAAACGUUGGUUUUAACUUGCAUUGGGAAUUAGAGCAUGAUGGACAAGGGAAGAGAAUAUUUGUAAUACGGUGAGCCAGGCUUAUAUAAAUUGUUGAUGAAGCCAUGUGGUUGAUUGAUUCAUGCCAUUAGGGAAAGGGAAACAAAACAAAGGGAUAAACAAAAGCUGUGAAAUGCAGAUAGGAACUGCAGGAAAUUCCCAGAUGAUCUGGCAAUAUCAGUGAAGAGAGUAAAAAAUUACAAAUGAAUAACUUUACAGCAGAACUGGAUGUGUAACCUAUUUUCUUUGAUGGUGACAGGGAUCCAGAAAGGUAAGGGAUAAAUUGUAUUUAAAGUGAGAGGAAACAGCGACAUCUGGUAAAAGCUGGGAAAGUUCUUCAGAAAAACAUUUUGGGUGAAGGAUAGCUGCGUCAAAAUUGGAUGCCUAAAAUUAAUCAUCUUCACUUAGAGCAAUGUGGGCACGAAACUUAAUUCUUAAGAAGAAUUACUCCAUCCCCAGAACUCUAGCUGCAUACAGAUUAUUUAGAUAGGGGUGAGGAUAAUUACAUGGCGCCACUGCUCGACAACCUACCAACACUCAUGACUGAGAUGGAAAUUUGAAUAAUAGCUUAUGCAUUGUCAGUAUUUCCACCAUUAUGGUUCUUUUAAGUAGAAGGAGGGGAAAAAUCAAAACGCUACACCAUAUCAUAAGGUUUUGAAUCACAUGAAAUGUUAUUUCUGUUGAAAAUGUGUCAGGUUUUGUUACAACGUAAAAUAAUUUGGUUCCUCAAACUAUUUGAACAAGACCUAUCU